AGGGAGGAAGUGGCGGAGGACUUCCGGUCCUGCGGAAACUCGGCGCGGUGGCUUGGCUGACAGGCGCCGGAUCCCGUGCACAAGUACCCGGUGCUUUCCACCGUUCUCCCGGUCUACCUCCUUCUCUUUGUCCUUCUUCUUUCCUUCCUCCUCUUCCUCCUCUCUCUCCUCUUUCUCCGCCUCCUCGUCUUCCUCCUUCUCCCCCUCACCUCUGCUGCCUCAGCCCGAGCCUUCCCAGCCUCCCCAAUCCCCAUGUUUCGGGGCGGGAGGCCUGGAAGCGAAAACCCGCUCGCCGGCCCCUCAUCAUGUCCGAACUGACGAAAGAGCUGAUGGAGCUGGUGUGGGGCCCCAAGACCAGCCCCGGCCUCUCCGACACCAUCUUCUGCCGCUGGACUCAAGGCUUUGUGUUUAGUGAAUCAGAAGGUUCUGCCCUAGAACAAUUUGAAGGUGGCCCCUGUGCAGUUAUUGCUCCUGUUCAGGCAUUUCUUUUGAAGAAGCUAUUGUUUACUUCUGAAAAAUCUUCUUGGAGAGACUGCCAAGAGGAAGAACGGAAGGAUCUUCUUUGUCAUACCCUGUGUGAUAUAUUAGAAACUGCCUGCUCUGACAACUCUGGAUCUUACUGUUUGGCAGCAUGGAUGAGAGGAAAGGCCACAGAGGACACUGCAAGUAUUUCUGAAGGCCCUGCAGAGUCUAGUUGUCAAGAGGAACAUACUUCUGCCUUGGCUGUCGAAGAGCUUGGCUUUGAGCGGUUUCAUUCAUUAAUUCACAAAAGGUCAUUCAAAAGUUUUCCUGAACUAAAAGAAGCUAUUUGGGAUCAGUAUUCCAUGUGGGCAAACAAAUUUGGAGUAUUGCUUUUUCUGUAUUCUGUGAUACUCACAAAGGGUAUUGAAAACAUAAAAAAUGAAAUUGAAGAUUCAGCAGAACCUUUGAUAGAUCCUGUAUAUGGACAUGGCAGCCAAAGUUUAAUUAACCUUCUACUCACUGGGCAUGCUGUUUCUAAUGUAUGGGAUGGAGAUAGAGAGUGCUCAGGAAUGAAACUACUUGGCAUACAUAAACAAGCAACUAUAGGCUUUUUAACGUUAAUGGAAUCUUUAAGAUAUUGUAAGGUUGGUUCUUACUUGAAGUCACCAAAGUUCCCCAUUUGGAUUGUUGGCAGUGAAACUCACCUCACCGUCUUUUUUGCCAAGGAUAUGGCCUUAGUUGCCCCUGAAGCUCCUUCGGAGCAAGCCAGGAGGGUUUUUCAAACUUAUGACCCUGAAGAUAAUGGAUUUAUACCUGAUACACUUCUAGAAGAUGUGAUGAAAGCUUUGGAUCUUGUAUCAGAUCCUGAAUAUGUCAACCUCAUGAAGAACAAAUUAGACCCAGAAGGACUAGGAAUCAUCUUAUUGGGUCCCUUUCUCCAGGAGUUCUUUCCUGAUCAGGAUUCCAGUGGGCCAGAGUCAUUUACUGUAUACCACUACAAUGGAUUAAAGCAGUCUAAUUACAAUGAAAAGGUCAUGUAUGUUGAAGGCACAGCCGUCGUUAUGGGCUUUGAAGACCCUAUGCUUCAGACAGAUGACACGCCAGUCAAACGCUGUCUCCAAACCAAAUGGCCUUACAUAGAGCUGCUUUGGACCACAGACCGUUCUCCCUCACUAAACUGAUCUGCCCAAGUGUUUAUAAGGAAGAUGGUACGUGCAAAUGCUUAUAGAAGGAUUGGAAAAUGGCAGUUAGAUGUAAAAUAUUAUACUUUGGCUAAAUGAAGAUAUACACUGGUAUCAUUGAUAAAUUGUAAAUAAUUUUAAAACACUUUUUCAGUGUUUGGGAUAUAUUUAAUUUAUAUUU